UCAGAUGCAUCAUUCUCUCCCCCUCGUCGGGGUUGCCCUGCUUUUCUGAUAGUUAUAUUUCCAAGUAGCUGAAGAAUUAUCCCUUCUGUAGGUUUAUUUUUUUCUCUCCAGAAAUGCUGUUCCUACAUAUACUCCAUCUUCAAAAUUCAAGGUGGUCCCAAAAAUGUGUCUUUAUACUAACUAUAUUAAAAGAGAAUUUACCUAAAUAGGUCUAGGUUUGAACCAAACUCAUUGCUCCCUUUCCUCCACAAUCAAAAUCACACACAUUUCACUAAUCUUUUGGAAACAAACCCCACAGCUUUUCAGAGUUGUUUUUCAAAUGCGAAUGCUUUAUUUUAAUUGUACAUUUAGACCUGGAGCACAGUAAUGCAAGCUGCUGAGUGCUUUUAAUUUGUCUUGUCUUUUGUCACUGCAUAUACUGUGUAGUCUGACCCUUCUUUGGGAGGAGAUACUGCUGAAAAUUGCUGGAAGACUCAUGUAAGAUGCUUGUCUCAAGAGGAAAUAUAUUUAUGGAAUUAGGAUCAAAGGAAUGCCUAUGUUUGUAGAUUGCAUUCUAAUGCAAAGACAGUUUUGUUACUUUUAAAUAUAUUGUCUUUGAGAGUGGAAUCCUAAUGAAACAGUCCAUGCAAAAUUCUUAGCAGUUGUGCCUAGUUUUCCAAGUAAAGUAAUUUAGGAGGUAGCUGGUGAAAUCCAUAUGAAAUGCUGCAAGAUGCAGUUAUAUGGGAUAAAGUCCACUUAGAUAUCAGAUUUUACAUUAACUUCUACAAACAAAGAAAUGUCCCUUAGCUCCAGAGUUUCUGAACCAGAGGUCAUGAAAUGCUGGAAGGAUAAACCAGCUAGGUUUUGUGAAUGUUUUCUCUGCUUUUGAGCUCUUCCUUAGGAUGUGCAUUAUUGAUCCCUAUCAAAGUUAGGUUACUGGGCUAGAUGUAAUUCUAUCCUCUGAAGAAUAUUGUUUUAAUAAUAUAUUGAAUUAUUUGGCCUUUAUGUAUAUAUUAACUGUACCAUGAAACUAUUCAGUCUCUAUGAUGUAAUGUCAAUUGAAAAUUCAUUUCAGAGGAGGAGGAAAAUUCAGCCAGAUCAAAAAGUAAUGCUCAAACAAGCCAAGAGUCUUUUCUCAUUUAAAAAUAAAAUAAACUGAAACUUAGCACACUCCCCAUACUUAGGAUAUAUAAUAAGAUAUGUGAAAAAAGUCCAAGAACAAAAAUGGACUCUUUAAAAGAGCCUCCUAAAUAGGAAUAUCAGAGAAUGGUUUGGGUUGGAAUGGACCUGGGAAAUCAUCUAGUUCCAAUCCCUCUUCCAUGGGUAGGGACAACUUCCGCUGGACCAAGUUUCCCAAAGUCCCUUUCAAACUGUCCUUGAGCACUUCCAGAGAUGGGCAGCCUGGGUCAGUGCUUCACCACCCUCCCAGGAGAGAAUUUCUUCUCAGUAUCUAACCUGACCCUAACCUCCUUCAGUUUAAAGAUAUAACCCUUUGUCCUAUCAAAUUCCAAAUGUUGGAUAUGGAAUUUUAAGGUAUGUUAUUACAAUUUCCUAUCUGGCAUGUGUACAGAAACCAGGAAAAAGGAUCAAUGGUUGCUAAGCAGACAAAAACAGAGCUAAACCUUAUUUCUGAACUGUGGUUCAUCAGUACUAGUUAUAACUUAUAUCAAGGUUGUUAGCUUGUUUCACAUAGGUGUUUAUAAAAAGCAAGUGUAUUGCUUAUAUAUUUUUUCUGUCUUUAUGCUUACUUUUCUGUCUUUCUUACUUUCAUGUCUUUCUUUAGAUAGGUCUGCAUAUAGGAUAUGGCUGGUAUGCAAACAUGUAUUCAGCUGAAGUACAAUACAGCAAAUGUUUAAGCACUUCAUCUGUCCAUGAGCUCAAUGGGACUAAUUAUCUGCUUAUCUCUUUUACUUACAUUAAGAGAAGUACUAGAGGUUUGAGUCCUUAAACUAUAAGCUCUGUAGUAAGGUUUUAGGUAUAUUUACAUCUACUAUAUCUGGGAACAAAAUUCUAAAAAUAAUAAUAAUAGUAAAAGCUUAAACUUUUGUGUUGCUUCUAUACAAAAUAUAGGCUCAAUUUUUGAAUGAGAGCACACCAAGAUAUCAAUCACUUUAGCUUAUUUAUAUCUUUAAAAUAUAAAAUGAUUUGAUAGAAGUGUAAAACAUUUUCAGCCCUUACCUUCAUAUUCUUUGGUAAUGAAAAUCAAAAUUAUGACAUCAGCACCCCUUUCAAGCCAGCUAAGUGGUGCUGCAGCAUUAUGAGUCAUCUCUUUUAACACCAAACUGCUUUUUAAAAGAAAGUUUUAAUGGUGAUAAAAGAUCUGAGGGUGAUACGUGUACAGAUCUUACUCUAUUCAUGGAACAUAGGGAAGAGCAGUAAAAGUUCAGGAUUAACUCUUUGAGCUAGAAAGGUAGCUGCAUUUUUUCAACAUCUUGAGCUCUUUGCUGAUACUGCUCAUGAGCACAUUGUUUGAGAUGUUCAGUCUGCCUGCUGUAACUGCACUGGACACAGUGGUGGAUUGUACAUAAUUGUGUAAGGCACUGAAUAGCUACAGAGUGAGAGCGUUUAGUCAACCGAUACCUGAUCUAAUCUGUCACCAGGAACUUAGAUGUGAAGUUCUUCAUGAGGCCCAACAGCAGAGCAGAGCUCCUGAGCUGCUCCCUUGUUGCAUUUGUCGCUGUAGCUGUCACACUCCCUUGCACUUGCUGCCCAGCCAUGGUGCUGCUGCCACCAGUGGUGAUGGCCCGAGGGUGCCAUGACUGAGUGACUGCAUCAGGAACACCCACAUGCUGUGGGAUCAGGCUGCCCAGGACAGUUGAAUAAGGGCCUGUAUCCUUUCAGGCCCUUAAAAGUAAGGUAAUUGAGAACUUUCUUUUCAGAACACAAUGCUUCAGUGCAAGCCCACCUUUCUCCUAUGCAUUAGGCACUAUGGCAGCCUCCAGCUAUGGCGUAACAUUCUCUGCUUUGCCAAGGGUUGCUGUGGUGGAUGAGGACAAUGGCCCAGUGUAAUUACAUCAUAUACUCGUCUUGAAUGACUGUUUUCAGUUCAGAAAUGGUGAGGGCAACUGUUGACACUCUGCAGCACCAACAUACCGCUUGCAGAAGGUCUCUUCUCAUGGUCAUCAUGGCUGCCACUUGCCUAUGAAAUUUGUUUGUUCCUGGUUCCUGCGGAUGACUGGGCAAUCAGGUUAGUGUAGCUUGGUUGAGCUGCCACAUCAUCCAGGUCUUCCAUCAGUCACAUUACUGCGCAGCUGAGGUCUGCAAAGGUUCACAUGCUGUAGAGUUUCAUACUUUCUCUGUAUGGGCUGGGAAGAAGAGUUAGGAAUGAUGUCAAGAUCUUCAUUCAAGCCCACCAGAAGGAGCUUUGACUGUUCAGGAUUAUAACUCAUUCAUUCUACUCAUUCUUGUUCACAAGUUUAGGAAUGGUGAUGAUUAUCAUUGAUUGUUUAUGGAGUCUGUGAUGCAGUCUACCAAAUAAGUAUGUAAUAUCUGUGGUUUUCAGAGCUUGGGCAUCUUCACUAGUGACAAAGCAGCACUCUCUUCUCCAAAAGGACUGUGGUAUUGUCAGCCUUAGAGUAUAUGUCUAAUUACUCAUAGCACUGCUCAUUGCUAUUCCUUCUCAUUGUCUUGCUGUACUAAGUGUUGGUCAAACACACCCUGAGCUCUUGCAGAUAGAGGACAAAUGUGUUUGCAGGUGCCUGGCUGCACCAAACAGACCGCUGAGGGCAGUUUCCAGAUCAUCAUGGCAACUAUAGUCACCACAUAAUACCACAGUUUUCAGGUAUGCAUUAAUGAAAGCAUAGUAAUGCAGCCAUAAUUUGUCUGUAACUUGGAAUCCUUCAGGUUAGAAUGGAUGCUGCAGAACAGAGCUGUCCAGGUAUCCUUGAUGGAAAUUAACAUUUAUUACGGGGGGGCAGUGUGGAUGCUCCAAGACAAAAUAGCAGUCCAAAUGCAGACCAUUUGCUAUCACAUAGUAUAGUUGCUAUCAGCAAUUUACCUGUACUUACUCCUGAAAGUUGCAGUGAGGUAUUCUUGGAGAUCCUGCCACAUAUCUGAUCAUCCAUAUAGCACUACUUCAGCCUGGAGGUUUGUCAGGGUAAUGAUGCUCUGUCCUUUUGAGCUGUUCCGAGUACUUCUUGGUCUAGGGGUUGAAGGAAGCAGUGGAAUGAUGAAAGUUAAUAUCUCUUCAUCACAGGUAUGUGUGGAGACAGAGAUAUUUGUUCUUGGUAGUUUGGAGAGGUUCAAUUCACUGGAAGUUCCCCACACACAGCCUGCUGAGACACCCACAUCUCAAGACACUCACUUUGUGUAAACACAUGGGCUGGAAUAAUUUUAGUGACCAUUGCUGAGGAGAAUUGCUUGGUGAGCAGUGGUGGGUGCAGUGACAGCACCUGCUGGCAGACAGGUGAACAAAAAAGGAAUGGCAUAAUCCUGGAGGUAGCCUGAAAGACCUGACAGCAAGAGCAUGGCACAUUUUUUGGGAGCAUGGUUCUAUUCUUAUGAUGUGUAGGUAGCAGAACAUCACUUAUCUGCUUACCUUCAGAUGGAAUUCCUUGGUAGGAAUGAGCACCCCAUCAGUCCUGUGACCAUGCAUGAUGUGACUGGGUGUAACCUAGGUGGUGACAUAUGUUCUUAUCAAAACAAGCACCUGUGGCUGCUGCCUUGCCAACAAAGCAGUACAAGUCAUUGUACUUUGUCCUAUGGACUUCCACUUUUUUUCCUUCUGAGUGAAAGAGUGGAAAGAAAAAUUUUCCUCACUUUAGGAGUUUUUGUCCAGCCAACGCCCAUCGCCUUUGCUGUGUGCAGUGUUAGCUGGCCAGUGCUGCCACAGGGGCGUGGGAGAGGCUGGCACUGCUGGUCUGCAGCAAGGUCCCCCUGUAUUCUUGCGCUGUCUUGGUGCCAGAAGAGGCCAAGAUACCUGGACCCAGCCCAAAAAAUUGUGGAGCAACUCUUAAAAUCUGUAGCUCAGCAUAGAUUGGAAAACAGUAUUUAAAUACCAUCCUCAUGCCCUCAUGUUUUUUUCAAGUUCUUGAAGUUGAAUAAGUGACUCUUGUCAUCUUAUAUGAAAACAACCUUCGGUGGAUCAUUUGCAGUCUCUUCUUGCUACUGCUCUGAAGUUUCAUCAUCCUUGUCAAGAUCUGGAAGUGCAGCUCAGGAUAUGGCAGUGCCCUCAAAUCAGUAGUAGGAUGAAAAGAUGCUUUUGACAGGAGGGUUGAAAUCUUUCCUUCCCCAUGUGCUUAAAAGAAUAACUCGAUGCAACAGACUCAGUAUUAGUAAUACUUCUGGAAUGGCAGAAGGCUGUGAACGGGCCGAUGUUGUGAUUUUGCACAAGUCCCUGGCUGAUGACUUUGAGAAGUUCUGCCGUGCAAACGAUGGACCCCUGCCACUGCUGUACAGAAGUCAACCAGAACUGACUGCCGACAGUACAGAAAAUAUGAGCAUGGAGCUUGUACUGGAUCACUGAAAAGCCUUAAGGAGUAUUCUGAACAACUCAAGGACAUGGUGACUUUUUAUUUAGGCUGCAGCUUCUCUCUUGAAAAAGCAGUCCAAAAAGCUGGCAUUCCUAUCAGAAACGUUGAGCAAAAAUGUAAUGUAAGCAUGUACAAAACGUCUGUGCCUUGCUACAGCGUUUCUAUGUUUCACUGCAACUUAGUAGUCACAAUGAGACCUAUUCCUGAAAGCAAGUUGGGAGCAGCUGUGCUAGCAACGUCUGAAUUAAAAGAAGCCCAUGGAGCACCAAUUCACAUAGGUGACCCUGGUCUGCUGGGAAUACAAGAUCUUUCUAAACCAGACUAUGGAGAUCCAGUUCACCUUCACCCUGGUGACAUUCCAGUGUUUUGGGCCUCAGGAGUAACAGGAGUAGAAGCAAUUAUCAACUGCCGAGCUCCGUUAGCUUUUACUCAUUCUCCUGACGGCACGCUCAUUACUGACCUAGAGAAAGGCAAUGUCAGAUCCUCAGGAGGAGUCCCACAGGUCCACUGCAUCUCUCAAGAUCCUCUGCAUUUCAGCAUUGUGUCAGCAGAAGCAGCCCAAAAGAUAAAGACUCUAGAAACCCUAAUUGGAAUAGAUCCAGGAGAGCGGGGCAUCGGGCACCUGCAGCGCCAGGGCGAGCUGCUGCGCGCCUGCCUGGCCAUGUCCCACGCGGGCUCCGUGCUCAUAACCACGGGAUUCCCCACCCACUUCAGCCACCAGCCACCCGAGGAGAACGACGGCCCCCCGGGAGCCCUCGCCAUCGCAGCCAUGCUGCAGGCCUUGGAGAAACAGGUUGCCAUAGUUACAGAUCAGAGAGCCAUGGAUCUGAAUAAAAAGAUUAUUGAAGAAGCUGUUCGACUAGGAAUCCUGAAGAAGCCCAUCCCUCUAUUGAGUUAUCAAAGGGAAAGUUCCAAUUCAGCUUUAAUGUUUUUGUGUGAGAAUGGGAAUCCUGGAAGACCUAGAUUUGAUCACCUGGUAGCAAUAGAGCGUGCUGGGAUGGCUGCUGAUGGCAAUUAUUACAAUGCCAGGAAAGUUAACAUUAAGCAUCUUGUGGAUCCCAUAGAUGAACUAUUUUUAGCUGCACAAACCAUUCCAGGAAUCACAACGACAGGUGUUGGAGAUGGAGGAAAUGAAUUGGGCAUGGGCAAAGUAAAAGAUGCUGUAAAGAAGCACAUAAAAAAUGGAGAUGUUAUAGCUUGUGAUGUUGAAGCUGAUUUUACUGUUGUAGCUGGAAGAAAAGCUUCUGAAAACACUUGUGCAGCUCGGGGUCCGCAGUGGCAAAACUGCCAGCCUGGAGAUGGAAGUGGAUGGGCUGCCCUUCUACAGCACCCAUUCGCUGAUGAUCGAAAAGCUGCUGAAGGAAGCACAGCAGUGACCGCCCCGAAUGAUUUCUACAUGAAGAGUUGCUCUCAUGUCAUUUCCUUAUUUUUGAAGCUCUCUCAAGGUGUAAAAGAUCAGAAAAAUAGGACUUUUCAUCUCUGGGGUCUUGACCACACACAGCCUUUCAUUCUUAUCCUUACAACAUCUCUGUGUAACAAGAAGAGGAUAUCAUCCACUUGGUUCACCUUUCUUUUCUGUAAUUUUAUGAUGGAAAAUGGAAUUUUGUAAUUUUAUAAUGGAAAAUUAAGUGAUAUUAUAUAAUAAGAGGUGAUCUGGCUUUUACAAAGAAAGCAUGAAAUUGCAAUGAGAUAUGAUUGCACUGCUGUUCUUGUUUUACUAACCUCAUAACUGCAAGAGGAAGUAACUCUCAUAGCAACUUGGAUUUAAAAAUACUUGUGGUGAGGAAAACAGCUACAGUAGAGAGGGAAGAUUCAAAACAAAACUGCAGUGUUACAGUAGUGAGAGCUCCACUUCCUGUAGCCCCCUCUAACACUGUGUUCUUAUGGUGGGGGAUAUUUUGUGGAAGUGUGAGGAGAGAAGGAGAAAAUUUUAUCUGAGCUAAUGAAAAUAAGGGCAGCAUUGCAGGUCUGUGCAAAGGUUGGCUGAGCCAUUGCCCCCUGUCAUAUUUGUAAUUUGCCACUUACAUAUUUUGCCACUUUAUGGAUAAUAGAGAAAAGUUGUAGACAUUUCAGAGUAUCCUGUGGUUACAAAGAAAUUAACUGAAUACAAAAAUAAUGAUUAAAAUUAAUUAUUAGAAAUUAAAGUAUGAUUAGAAAUGAA